CCAGUUAUGUGUGCUGACCCAACCAUAGUUUUUGUUGGUCCUUUCUUUCCCUCUCAUUAUUUAUUCACGGAACAUAAUAUUUUUCAAACCCGCUUCGACUUAAAUUGAGGAGGCGUUAUGAGAAAAAGUCUUUGAUAUUGCCGAACGCCUGCCGUUGAACCAAUAAUAGUUCUUUCAAUAUUUCGGAUCUAGAAGUCUAGGCCUAAUAUAUAGACUCAACUAGGCUUCUACUGAAUUGUGUCUCGUACUCAUCGGGCGGCAAGGAUUGUCCAUCACGCUAUACCCACAACAUCAAAGUGUAGACGCUGAAAAAUCGGACAUAGUAUCACGAAUAUUACUUCGUCCACUAUGUUGACGCCACGAACUUCGGCAGGUGAUCGACGCCUAGCGGUACCUCAUUGCAGCAGGCAACCACCCCGCGGAGGUGUCGCUUCUGCCCGCCACGGGACCAGCAAAAUUGAUCCAAGUUUUAAAUCAAAGCGAUACAGGGAUAAGCUCCGUGAACAGAUAAAGGCCCUGGAAACAUUACUGCCUAUUGACAAGGCAACCUUGCACAGAAAACUUGAUAGUCAGACUGUUUUUCGCCUAGUCAUUUCAUACUUUCGAACAAAGAUAUUCUUUGACGCUGCUGGUCUCACCACGUUACCAGACCCAGAGACAUCACUACAAGAUGGCACCCUAAAUACUCCACUGGACCAUCCACAUCAGUCAAACGAAUGGCCAGAGAACACAUGUAGGACAACCGAAUUAAAUGAAGACAUGGAGAGGCACCUAUCGUUAGAGUCUUUGGAUGGGUUCUUAGUGGUGGUGACUUCAGACGGUACCAUAUUAUAUACCACAGACAACAUCUCAUCUCAUCUAGGAUUCAACCAGGUGGAUCUUGUGCACAGGUGCCUCUAUGGCAUUGUCCAUCCAGAUGAUCACCAUGAACUAAAAGUCGUUCUGGAACACAGUCUGUCAAAUACUGCUACACAGAAAGAUUCUGUACAUAAAAAUAUCUUGCAAAGUGGUAAAUGCAAAGAUAAGGGUAAUCAGAGCAGGAAGGUUUCUUUCCUAUGUCGUAUGAAAUGCUACAAUGGAACGAGUACAGGCUUUGUUAAAAUGCAUUGUUCUGGAAAAAUGAGGCACUUUCCCAACCUGAUCAAGUCCACAUCCAAAGUGCCCUCUAUGGUCCUGUUUGCUGUUUUUCGGCCGUUUGUGUCAGUUGCAGCAGAGGCAGAUAUUGACGUAAAACAGAGUGCAUUCUGGACAAAACAUGAAUUGGAUUUAAAAAUCAAAUCUGUUGAUAUGAGGGGGAGUGAAUUACUAAGCUACAAGCCUGGUACAUUGGAGUCUAGAUCGUUCUAUGACCUUAUCCAUCCUGAUGACCUUGCUGCUGUCUUUGUUUGCCAUAAAACAUUGGUGGACACAAAUGAAAUCCAUACUCUUUAUUUCCGGAUGUUGAAGUACAAUGGAACAUGGAUUUGGAUGCACACUCGAGGAAAGGUUAUCAUGAAAAACUCAAGAAAAUGUGGAAUAAUGCUAACCCACUGCCCAAUCAGGGAAGAAGAUAGUUUGUAUCUACAGCAAGAGGCAGAGGCAAGAAAGCGUUAUGGAAACGAGGAAUACUUCAGACUGAUAAUGCCGCCACAGACCCCAAUCGAAUGCCAGCCUCUUUCCUUGUGCCAAAUGGAAAGCUCAUAUAAACGUCGCUGGGUUAGCAGCGAUACUUACCUGAAUGCCAGCCAAGCAUCCACUCGCCAGACCACUGAUGAAUACGGUUUGUCUCUGCACAGUCCACACGGAAGCUGUCCUUCAAGUUUGCACCAGACUGAUCGUCACUCCCCUGUUUAUCCAUCAACCUUUGCACCGCAUCGUUACCAGAAAGCUGCACAGGAUGUUUUGCAUAAGCAGAAUACUUACCAAAAUGCUGAAAAAAUCACGCCACAAAUGAACUUAUACACUCCAAUACAAAGAACACAGACGGAGAUUUACUCGCAGAACAGCCAUGCAGAGAACCAGAUUAACAUGUACCAAAUGCUGUCACAUCUUCCUCCAGAUAUGUACGACAUGGAGUUCUGUCGGCGGCAGGGGUUAACUGCUCUAGCCUCGGAACCCACAAUGCAACAGAUGCAGUACCAGAUGCCACUAACACCACAGAUGUCACCCGAAAGUUACUUCCCUCAGGUUGCAUGCAAUGAGCAGGUCGUUCCAUGCUCAAACAUUCCACCCUCUCCACCUCCGUCACCAGUAACGGAUGUUAAGCCACCUCCAUCAUGUAUGUUUGCAAACGCUUCACGUGACAUGCAAGAAACUACUCAAAGUAUAUCUGAACCAUCACCUGGUGAACUCCCCAUGUGGGAAAAUGGAAUGUAUCACAGUUAUUCAGCAGGUUACCAAGGACAAUCUCUGAUGGACUACCAACAAAUGUACGAUAGUUCAAUAUACGCAUCCCAUCAUCCAAUCACUUUCAACAGACAAGGACUGAACAUUGAUGUGCGUCCAACACAUAUUGUUCCUGUUAAGGAUCAUGUGAUUUACUUUGGAGAAAUCAACAACAAUGGUGUGAUAAACCCAGCCUGUUUACACGGUGGUGAUCAGACUUUCCCGUACGCAAGGAUGGACACCACGAAUCCAAGCAUUUCACAAAAAUUCCUGAGCUGUUAUGUGAAAGAGAUGGAACUGCAGCAGUACAAACAAGCAGAAUUUGACCGCUCCUCUCCUUUACCACCUAUUGGCAGUUUCCUGGAAUUUCUAAAUGAUGAACUUUUAAUACCAUUGAUUAAUUAAUUUCAAUUACUGUAUUAGACAAUUCUAUAGGUCCAGGUUCUGGACAUUCCAUUGCAGUUACUAAAUGACAAACAUUGCAUACUAGUAAUUUUAAUUAUUAGAUGAUCCUCAGGACAUUCCAUUACAUCCAUUGCGUAGUAAAUUUCUGGUCCUGUCUACAUAUUAUCUAAACUCAGCAUGCAUUGAAUUACAGGUGGUUAUGCAAAUAGCUACUUAGUUUUUUAUUAAUUUAUUCACAAACAGAUAGGCGAAUAAUAUUAUCGAAUAAUCAUUAAAAUAUACAUAACCAAACCGAAAUAUAUGCUUUAGUGAAGAGAAUGAAAAUUUCAUCCAUUAUAUUAUAAAAUUGAAUUUACUCUAUUUUAUCAAUUAAAAUAGUGUUGUACACAGUGGUAUAUCUACAGGUGGGAAGGGGAUUGACGAUGGAAAUUUGCUAACCUAAAAACUACAAUUAAAUAUUUCAAAAUCACCUCAUACCGCCAGCUAAUGUCCCUCACUGAAUCAUCAAACCAGAACCCCCUACUUAAUCUUUAUCCCCAUCCCACAAUUGGCCCUAGCUCCCCAUGACAAUACUUCUAGAUACGCCACUGGUGAUACAAUACUGCAUUUAUAUCUUAGAUUGCAUUAGCAGAUGUUUUUAACGAUACACCUAUCAAAAUAAGGGUUUAAAUGGAGACUGUCUGGUGGCACUGAAUCUUGUUAUCAAACUAUAAUAGAUUCAGAUUUAAAUGUUGCUGCUGUAUGUGCAAUUUUCAAAACAAAUACUUUAUGUUCAUUUAUUUAUUUUAUGUGUGAUCAUUUAGGUUCUGCCCUCACAAUCAAGUUUUGUGUGACAAAUAAAUUUAAUAUGCCCAUAUUUGGGUAUAAUAUGACAUCAUCAUGCCUAUGUAUGGACACAUCACACACAUUUGUCACAUAAAAUUUUGUAGUGUGUACGGAGCUUUAGCUUAUGUAAACUUAUAUUUUUAAAUUGUAACAAUGCCUAUUUGUAAUGGCAGCAAAAUGAUUAUUUACUUGACCUGUUUACUUUGUUUACAGGUCAACUGUUUAUGUAAUAACAAUAAUUUAAUAUAUGCCUAAUAAUUUCGACAAGGUAAACACAUUCCAACAAAAGAUUUAUCUGCUAUCGGAACACCCAUGAUCAGGGCCACCAAGAGGGGAAACUGUACCAGGGCAAGGGUUGGUGUGGGACCCCAGUUACGAGAGCAAAGCGUGAGAAUGAUUGCGCUGAAGUCACAAUUUUUUGAGGGGGCCCUGUCAAACUGGUGGGGCCCAUUAUUAGGGGACCCAUGCCAUUAUUGAGGGCCCACGAUAGUAAUUAUUAUUUUUGAAAAAAAUAUGGGAAAAACAAAUGCUACCUGCAAUUUCUAUGGGCCCCCUGGUAAGCUUGGGCCCCGGGAAUCUUUUCCUCCUGCCCCCACUCUUGGUGGCCCUGCCCAUGAUACAGUACAUCACUUCUAAAUUCUAAAUACUGUAGGUUAAUUUUAUACACAUUCAUGAUUUAAUUUCUUAAAUACCAACAAAAAAUCUUUAAUAAACAUUUGAACAUAAUUUUAAUUGGUACUUGUAUACAAUAGUUACUGUAGGGGAGAGAAUGUGGCACAGCAAUUUCCAUUCUUGUUCUAAGCCUUGUGGUUGGGAGUUCAAACCACAUGCUAACCAUUCUCUGCUUUCUUGCACACUUAUGGGCUGUAAAGUGGUCCAUGCAAUAUUCCAUAGGCAAGCAUUUCUUACAAAGGCAAAUAUAUCUGUCAAAUAUAUAAGUUAUAAGUGAUAUCCCCUUACAUAGAAGUGGCUCAGCCAGGGCCUAGUCUUUAAAUGAAAGCAAAUUUAAGAAAUAGAAUUCUCAAGGACCUUUUUGUUUACUGCAAAACACUUUUUUUAUGUUUGGUAAACAAAAUUAAAGAAUUUUUGUUUAUCAGCUAGAUGAGAAGGAAAAGAAUACAAUAACCUUAAUGAAUGUGGUCAGAUCAUCAGACAGCAAGAAAUCUUGGCAACAACACCUUCUUUAUCAAUUCAAUCAUAGUACAGUAAGUUUUUUAAAUAAUAGGCCUAGGCAAUGACUGCGAACUUGAACUAAAAUUGACGUCCAUUUAAAUAGAAAAGAGUUCAGAUAUUAUUGGUAGUGCAAUAGAAGUGUUAUGGCCUUUGACUUUUAAAAUAUUCUUUUUUUUUCAAAGAAUAUUGUACGUUCCUAUUGGAUUUAACAGAUUUUGUUUUAUCAAUUCAGCAAUUGUAAAUAUUUGAGCUGUCCGUGGAGGAGUGUUCUUAUUUAUUGAAAAAAUGAUUUGCUUAAAUUGACUGUAAAUAUUUACUUCCUUCAACUUAUUUAUUGAACAAAUGAGAAAUGUCAGUGUGUAUAAAGUACCGUAGACAUUGGAACCGAAUAAAAGAGUGGGAAAGUCAA